AGAGAGGAAAAAGAGAAGCAGAGACAAGAGGACUGACACACACCGACUGAUCAGAUCCGUGACAGAGAAGGCAGCGAAUACGCUGCUGGAGUGACUCAUUUACAGACUGCAGAUAAAGGUGAAGUCUGCCAGAACUUGGCUGCUUGGUCCAGUUGUGCGCCUGGGUUGACAACUGCUCUGCUGGGGGGGAUUUACUGCACUUUGUUUUCCAAGAAAACCGAUUCUCUACCAAUCUGAUGGAGGAAAUCGCCCACCAGAACACUGCUGAUCCACAUCCAUUCUGUGCCACCUUUAAACCACAGCUGAACUAAGCCUCGCUUCAAAGACGCAUAGAUGAGCGUGCUGCUGAAUAUCCUUGAACUCGUCACAAUCAACACAAAAUGACCACGCCGCUGUUACCUGGAAGUUCUCUACCACCUAACGCUUCCUUCUCUACCUCACCGGCGUCCAUAUCCGUUUCCGUGCCGUCCUUCCUGCAGAGCAGCUCCCCAUUUGUUACCUCCAACGCCACGCCGCCUAACUGCGGUGGGAACCCCUCCCUCAGUGUGCCACUGGCCGGUUUCUACAUGCUGUUCUUUGUUUUAGGGCUCUUGGGGAACCUGUUUGCUCUGUGGGUGUUCCUCUUUGUGCACUCUCGCCAUAAUUCGGUGCGUGUGUUCCUCAUCAACUGCGCUGUGGCAGAUCUGGUCCUCCUGGCAUGCCUGCCCUUCAGGGUGUUUUAUCAUCUCAAUGGAGACAAAUGGGAAUUGGGGCAGGUGGCGUGCAAGCUGGUGGGCAAUGCCUUCUACAUGAAUAUGUACAUGAGCAUAACGCUGCUGGGCCUCAUCAGCCUGGAUCGAUACGUGAGGCUGAAGGGGAGAGGACAGGGUAGGCAAACCAUAUGGAGGAGGCUGCGUGGGCGCGGGCAGCUGUGGGGCUGGGUGGUGUGCGGGAGCGUUUGGAGCAUGUUUCUGGUCGGAACGCUAGUCAUGAUCACAACGAAAGAGGACAAAAAGGACGAGAACCAUUGCUUCCAGUACAAGAAACGCCGCAACGUCGCUUGGAAGGCCUACGUUAAUGGAGGAUUGGUGCUGCUCUUCUGGUUGGUCUUCAUUCUACUGGUCAUCUCUUACGCCAAAAUCGCCUCUCAGUUGCUUCAGUUGUCGCAGAACAGGCCUGAGCUUCCUAACGCACAGAGAUACAAGAAAACCGCCAAGAAAUCCUUCUUUGUCCUCUUUCUGUUCACGGUCUGCUUUGCACCGUACCAUGCCUUCCGCCCUGUAUACAUCCUAUCCCAAAUGAGCUCCGAAGACGACUGCAACUACCUAAAGAUGGUAGACCGCACCAAUGAGAUCAUGCUCCUGCUGUCCACCUUUAACAGCUGCUUGGAUCCAGUCAUGUACUUUCUCUUGUCCGGCUCAGUGCGCAGAACCGCUCUCAAAGUUAUUGGACAUCGGUUCGGCAACCAUCUUCCCUUCCUUCAGGAGGGAACAUACAACAGCUCCACCAUGGAGUACAGACGGCCGUCUGUGCCGCUGGCUUUACACGACCAAGUCCUCAACAAUCCUUCACUCACACCCAGAACCAGCUUCUGCAUCAUUAACACCAACCUUCGCCGUACAGGAACUACACUUACUCCCUCUGGCCACCAGUGAUCAAAGCUCAUCAGAUUGUGUCAUGUUAGAACUCUCAAAGCAUAACGACACGCUAAAGGCUAGUUGAUUCUAAGCCGCUCAAAUUUCAAAGAACGUUACAACCUUUACGUCGCUAGUUUUUAUUAUUAAUUAUAUUGUUUUUCUGUAACAAAAAUACUAGAACUCACGUGCAUGGUCUUUGCUUUUCAAAUGGUAAUAUUUGUUUGGAAAA